AUGCCCGACGACGGGCUAAGAAAACGCAAAACGGGCUCAAAGCCUGAGAAGGAGCCUCCGCAGAAUGCCACUGCCGACGAAUCGGAAUUUGACAUAGACAGUGCUGCUUUACUGCAAUAUCUCAAAAUUCUUUGGAUACCUCUUCUUCUAUGCUUUGGAUUGUUCGUAUACAUUAAUCCUUCCACACUUUCGGAUAUAGCCAGCUUCUGGAUUGAGUCGGACGACUGGCAAACUUCACCAGGAUCGAGCACUAAAAGCUUUGUGGGACUCGGUGCAGAUAUAGAGAAAAGAGAUGCGGUUGUAGAAGCUUUCAAACAUGCGUGGCGCUCCUAUGAAAGAGAUGCAAUGGGAGACGACGAGUAUCAUCCGAUUAGCCACAAAGGCUCAAACUUGACUCAAGCCGGAGGCAUUGGUUACACUGUUAUCGACUCCAUUGAUACCAUGUUGAUCAUGGGCCUUGAAGAUGAUUAUGCCAGAGCGAGGAAAUGGGUGGAUACCAGACUAUCAUUUGACAGAGAUGCAGAGUUCAAUACUUUCGAAACUACCAUUCGUGUUCUUGGGGGUCUUCUCUCAGCUUACGAGCUGACUGACCACGAUAAACUCUACCUGGACCGCGCAAUUGAACUCGCAGACCGCAUCUUGCCUGUUUUUGAUACCCCUUCCGGGCUCCCGCUGCCCAACAUUAAUCUUGGUAAACGCGAAGGCGUUUCUGAUCCAUACCUCCCUCUACUCGUCAGCACCGCCGAAGUUGCUACGCUACAACUCGAAUUCAGGUAUCUCAGCUAUCUGACAGACGAAGACAUUUAUUGGGAAAAAGUCGAAUCUGUUAUGAGAACUAUCAAGGAGAAUCAAAUGCCACACGGACUUGCUUCGAUUUACAUGCAUGUAGAGACAGGACAGUUUGUUCCUUCUGCUAUUCGACUAGGGUCGCGCGGAGAUUCGUACUAUGAAUAUCUAUUAAAGCAAUACCUACAAACUAACCAGACGGAAGAUGUUUACCGACAGAUGUACGAUAACGCAAUGUCCGCUGUCCACGAAAACCUCAUCACGAAAAGUCCAUACACGAGGAUGACCUAUACCUCAGAGCUCAUUCCAGAGCGAAACUCUGGUGGACAACUCUCCUGGCGACUUACUCCAAAGCAAGACCACUUGGCGUGCUUCUUCGGGGGAUCCCUCAUGCUUGGUGCAACUAUCACUGGCGCAUCGACUCUUCCUGUGUCUAUCCCACCUCGUCAGUCGGAAUUCAUGGAUCACGGAAAGAGGGACUGGAAGGAUGGGGUCGAGCUGAUUAAGACUUGCGUGGAUACACAUGACACUCUGACCGGGCUUUCUCCUGAGAUUGCACACUUUCGUAUACCUUCAGAUGGAAUGAUUGACGUAUUGUCCAAAUCUGGCGUUCCUGCUGAUUGGUACAUCAAAGGUGCAAGCCCAGGUGCAGAAGCCCCAUACGAUGCCAGAUACAUCCCAGAAACUGUCGAAUCCUUAUUUUUGGCUUUCCGUCUCACAGGAGAUAUUCGCUACCGUGACUGGGGCUGGGAUAUCUUCCAAUCAAUUGAGAAGCAUUGCAAAGUUGAAACUGGUGGGUAUGCGACUAUCAUGAAUGUGGACGAAGUACCAUCAAGGAAAGAGGAUAAAAUGGAGACGUUCCUCAUGAGCGAGACGCUGAAGUACCUGUUCUUGCUAUUUGAGGAUGCGAGCGUGCUAUCUUUGGACAAAUAUGUAUUCAACACAGAGGCGCACCCUUUACCAAUAUUUUCCCCACACGUUCGGACAGGCUUUUCUUAA